AUGAAUACCAUACGAUUCGCCGCGCGACGGCCUGUAUUCCGCUGCCUUAACACGCCUACGCCGCUCCGCUCCAACCCCCAAUUCCGCCAGAACACGCGCUCAAGCAGAGCAGACUUUGAGGCCAUACUCAAGCAAGGCGCCCGCCCCAAGGUCCCUCGCCCAGAUGAGGACUUUGUUUCCGUACAUCGCGCCGAGGCCAUGCGCCGUGCUGCAUUGCUGAAGAGGCGGAAUUGGCUUGCUCUUGGUGCUGCCCUCUCCAUGAUUGCACCCAUCUUCCUCGUCCGAUUAUGGGACGUACCACCACUAGAAGAGAAAGAUGAGAACCCAAGUCGAGGUUUCGUAGACAUGGUCAUGGGCCCACCUACCAAGAACGACGCACCUCGCAAAGCAGCCGAAGAAUUCCAGGGCAAAAAGGUCGUCAUAGCAGCAGGCGACAAAGUCAUCGCAACACCAGGCGACACCGACAACCCGCAAGCCUCGGACCCCGAUGCCAUCGAGCUCGUCGAGACAGGCACUUCCUACGUUCCCUACUUCCCGCGCACUAUCCGUCUCCCCACCGACACGUCGGGCCCCGAAGCCAUUACUACCGACGCAGAAUACACACUCCUCGGUCUGGGCAUCAGGAAAGUCUCUUUCCUUCGCGUACAAGUCUACGUCGUGGGUCUCUACGUCAAAACAGCCGAUCUAUCCACUCUCCAAAACCACCUCAUUAACACCGUGAACCCCACCGCGUCCGCCCUGAUCCCAAACGAAAAGAAAGACCUCCGCGAAUCUCUCCUCGACCCAGAAAAGAGCAACAAGAUCUGGGAAGCCAUCUUAGCCAAGAACGGAAUGGAUGGUGUCGACAUGGCAUUCCGCGUCGUACCCUGCCGCGGCACAGAUUUCAAGCAUUUGCAGGAUGGCUGGAUGCGUGGAAUCGCCUCCCGAACCGACGAGGUACGCCGCAAGCAGGCCGAAUUGAUCAGACAACAAGCCGCAGAGAACAAAUCUAUUUCUCUCCCCAAACCUGUCGAAGAAGGCGAGUUCCAAGACGAAUCUUUCGGCCUCGCGAUGAAGGAAUUUAGGAACCUUUUCCAGGGCAAGGGCAAAGCACCAAAAGGCAGUGUCAUCAUCUUGACACGGAAUAAGAGUGGGCAUCUAGGUGCGCUGUAUCAGCCUAUCGUGAAGGCAGCGGAUAGUAAGCAGGAGGUCAUGGGCAAGUCGAGUUGGCUGGGCGAGGUUAGGGAUGAGAGGGUUGGGAGACUGGUCUGGUUGCUGUACUUGGGGGGUCAGAAUGUUAGUAGUGAGCCGGCGAGGCAGAGUAUCGUAGAUGGGUGUAUCGAUAUUGUUGAGAGGCCUGUGGGCACGUUGGAGACUAUGGUACAUUAG